AUGUCACUGAUCGAGCUGUCCAUCGCGGCGGUGGCGCUCUCCACCCCUGUGCACCAGAUUCUCGAUUAUGUAGAAUUCUUUCCCAUCGCCAUUCGGCAGCAACUAUUUUAUAAGCUGUCUAAUUUAAGGCUGCGAGAGAUGGAGGUGGCGUGGGAAGCUGCUGCACAUCAAGAGCUUCCGGAAUCACGUGAAGGCUAUGACCCCAUGGCCGGAGAUAAAUUUCUAUUCGACCGCGAGUUGCAGCGAGUAUGGGAUCACCGUUUGAGUGAAAAAGGUUUGAGUUGCGAGUUGAAUCCCACCGAAAACGCAUUGGUGGCAAUAGAACAACGACGCAACAGCCGGAAUGUUUUUUGGGAACAUCAAUUUCGAACUCUCCUCAAGCUGCGUACGCCACCUAACAAAGCUGUUCAUGGCGACAUAUUAAUCAAAUAUCAGAGACUAUUUGUGGACGUUGUCGAGGUACUCAAGGUACACGGGCGGGAGAUAUGCGAAUAUAAUGUGAAGCUGAUUUUGGCACUGCGUCAACUACGGAGACUGGAGGUGCACCAUCCGGAACAGCAAACUACGUGCUGGAGAUCUUUAACGACAGUGAUGCGCAACUGUUCACGUCUGGCGGAGGUAUGCUUUUUUCACGGAAAACUAAGUGUUGAUCAAAUCAUUCAGAUUCGCAAUACCUUAAUGAGACCAAACUUAGCUGGCAAACUCGAAUGUAGUAGAAUCGCGACGUUAGAGUUGAUAUCCGUGAAAAUUCGGCUCGAGGGAUUUCGACAACUACUGAAAGUUAUAGCGGAUAUACCACACCUCACUCAGUUGAGAUUAAGCAAUACGAUUGCAACUUUUGACACGAAAUUACUUAUCGACGCAGCAUUUCGUGCAUCUGGGCUACAGCGACUCUUUCUGGAACACAAUGAGCUAGAGGAUGACGCAUUUAUUGGCUUGUCAAAAGUAAGAAACACGCUGCCAUUACGACACCUACGUCUGAGCGACAAUGAUCUUUCUUCCAUCACUGCAAGAGCAAUUUGCAGCGCUAGUAUGGAUGGAGUGAUGAAUCUUGAACGACUUGAACUGGCCAACAAUGUGCAAAUAGGAGACUCUGGCAUUCAUGCCCUGACACCAAUGCUGGCUUCUCCAGGCGUGGGACCUGCUGCGGUGCUGAUCCAUCUCGAUGUUCGUGGUUGCAAUUUUGGCCUGGAAGGUGCCACAAAUUUGAUGCUAGCUCUGAGUCAAAACAGGACAGUCAAAUAUUUGAACAUUGCUCAAAACUUUCUUGAUACUGGCUUUGGCGACGUCCUUGCAGACUUUUUAAUCACAAACGAAUCUGUUACUCAAUUGCAAGCGAAUGAUGUUGGACUAGGAUUGGCAGGUGUAUCUGCUCGCUUGCUGACAGCAUUAGAGACCAAUACUACUCUCAUUUCUCUCUCGAUGGGAGCGAAUCGAUUGCGAAAUGCUGGUGCGGCUGCUAUACUGAGAUCAUUGGUAAAGCGGGCUAGAACAAAGCCAUUCACAUUGGUCGACUUAAGUGGCAAUUUACUUACAUUUAGAGGGCUAGAAAUGAUUGCUGAUAUUUUAAAAGCUGCUGGAAGGAACAAUGCAGUUCAUACUACCAGUCCCAAAAAAAAUCGCACUAACGACCAAGACGUUUUCCGAAAACGUCACCGAACGAGUAGCAUAGAUGCAAACUCAAAUUUGUUAUGCAAUUACAGCAAACCCAUCGAAGAAUUCUGUCUUCUUAAUAACAUUUUCAUAAAAAAUGACGAGAAUGUGGGCGGCAGCGCGACACUUGUUGAUUCUAUUCGACGCUUUGUGGGUCAGCUCAAAAGUAAUGAGUGGGCAGGGCAGCAUCAAGUAUACGACGACGAAGUGUAA